AGGUCGGUACUUCAAAGUUGCAAAUUAGGCGAAUGUUUGCUCCGUAGAAAAUCGUUGAUAAUGUGUGUUGUCUUUUAUCGAGUGUAUGACUAAUUAAAGCAUUGUUCAGUUUAAACACUGCAAGAUGCAUCUGCACUUGCAGUACUUUACUGUUAUACGCAGUGGUCUGUUUUGAAGGAAAGAGCGAAACACUUGGUUGGUUUAAGACUUCAAGACCGUUCUUGGAUUUCAUGUUCGCGAGUUGUGUGCGUCUCGCUGUCUAUCCUUUUUGCACCCAUGAGUUGUUUAUUUCUGCAAUAGUAGUAGGACUGUUGCAUGAUUCUCUUCCGAUAUGGCUGCUCCAGACAGCCAUUUUGUUGUUCUGCAGUUAAUGAAUUUGAUCGAUAGUGGUGCGCAAGGGAAGGUAUAUAAAGCCAAAAGAACCGACACGGAUGUAAUCAUUGCUGUUAAAUAUGUCAACCUUGAUCUCGAAAGCUCGAACCGGGAAAACCAGCUGGUAGCGCUUCGAUCCAAGUUUGAGGAUAUUAAAAAUCUGGAUCAUCCAAAUGUAGUACGCCAUAUACAUACGCAGACAAAUGUGGUGGUUAGCCUCUACGAGCAGCCAACGUACCAAAUUAUUAUGGAGUACUGCGAAGGCAAAACGCUACAUAAUCUCGUGAAAGAUUUCACGGUAACUCCACUACUCUUACAAAAAUGGACCCGGCAGUUGGUCGACGCCAUCACAUACUUACACGAACAGUGCUGCGUCCACCGUGACAUCAAAGGCGCCAACAUUUUAACGACUUCGCUUGAUGCCAACACGUGUGACUUGAAAAUUGCCGAUCUUGGAGAUAUUAAGCGUUUAAUGAAGGAAGCCACGCAGACUAAAGAAGUGUCGCAUGAAAAGGGCACCUGGGCGUUUAUGUCACCGGAGAUGAUUAAAGGGGAGCAGACAGAGAACGAGCAGUGUGCCGACAGGAUUAAACUCGGGCGACGAACGGAUAUCUGGAGUUUGGGAUGUGUGAUUAUCGAAAUGCUCAACGGUGCACUGCCGCAGUUUCACAAUAAGAAUGGAAUACUGGUUGCCGGUGAUAUGGCGGUAAUGUAUUUCAUCGGAUCGGGAGGGUCGCCAACAGUUCCCGCAAAGCUACCGCAGAAGGUACAUGAUUUCAUCACCAAAUGUCUUAAGCGAAAUCCGAAUGAGCGACCUUUUGCUGCUGCUUUGAAGCAGCACGAAUUCCUGACAAGCGCUCCGGAAGAUGUUGCGACAUGGAUACUGCCACCGCGUUUAAAAUGAAUUGUUUAUGGCCGGAUACGAAUGUUCAUAAGCCCGUUCCGCUUGGUAUCACAUGUAUGGUCAACCAAGUCCAAAGAAGGGGAUAUCCAAUGCAUCCCACGUAAUUUUACAUUUAAACGUCGUGUUACCCCUUUGCCUAUUUUAUGUAUGUACCUUGUUACGUUUAAAUCAGUCAAGCUUUUAAACUGUCAAGCUUGUCAUUAAUAAUUUACCGGCGCUGCUAACUUGCAGCUAAUUUUCCGUACUAUGCAAAACUGGUGCGGCCAUGGGCGACUGUGGCAAAUCUGCACUGAUUCUCGGCACGUGCAUGAGUUACGAGUUAUAAACCAGCUUAAUACCGGAAUGUGCGAUAUAAAUAAACGCAAACAAAGGUU